GAACGACAGAUUGACGUCGCCAGGCGGCGCGGUCUGCCCCUGCUUGGCUGCCUGCCUGCCUGCCUGGCCGUCAUUUGCGGGCCGUCGCCGCAUCCCCGAAGCGCGACUUGGCGGCCAUUUCUCACUUCCUCUUGCGGCCGCGGACGGGCCGCCAUUACGGAGAAGGCGAUGUAGCAAUAGAGAAGAGAUGGGCUUGAGACUACUAAAGAGGCAGGGGUGUGAGAGCAUUACCCUUUCUCUCCUCAACUUACUCCUCAUUUCGAUCUUCCUCCUGACAUUCGCGGUCUCGACACCUCAAGCAUCCGCUCAGCCAUCGCCUUCUCUUCAUCUUCUCAGCGACCCUCUCCAACAUCCUUCUCGGUGCGAACAUGCCUGCAAUCCGCAGCACCCUUUCAACGGCGGCUGCGCUCCUCGUAGCAUCGUCAUCAGCCUUUCCCAUCUCACCCUUUGAGCCAGCCUCAUCCUCUCUGCUGACUCGAGCAGACGGCAACGCUACCGUCUCGAGCUCAUUGCAAUCAUGCCUCAGCAAGACGGGCGUCGAGCUCUCCUACCCGGAUGCCGACUCUUUCUCGACCCUCGACACUCAGCAGAAUGCUGCGCUACCCCCUCGCAAGCCAGGCGUCUUUGCCAUUCCAUCCGACGAGACCGGCGUAGCAGCUGUCGUCAAGUGUGUUUCCGCAGAGAAUGGCUCGCAGAAGAUCAGUCCAAGGAGCGGAGGGCAUAGCUACACGGGCUACACGCUUGGAUCAGAGGACGGUUGGGUCGUCGUCGAUCUCAAGAAGCUUAACGCCAUUGACACCAACAAGGAUGCCAAGACGGCCAAAGUCGGUGCCGGUAGCAAGCUCGGCCCCAUGGCCGCGGCUUUGGCCAAGGACGGCUUUGCUCUUCCGCACGGUACCUGCCCCACCGUAGGCACGGGUGGGCACGGCCUCGGUGGCGGCUACGGGCUCACCUCGUACCAGUGGGGCUUCCUCAUGGAUCACAUCAGUUCGAUGCGCCUGGUCAAACCCGAUGGCACCAUUGUCACCGUCAACGCAGAUGAGGAACAGGACCUCUGGUGGGCGCUGCGUGGUGCCGGCUCCAACAACUUCGGCAUCGUGACCGAGUUUACCUACACCCUUGAAGAUGCUCCCAAGAACGUCGUCAACUACGCCCACCAGUUCAAGACCAACGACGACUGCACCAAGGCUUUCCUCGCCAUGCAGGACCUCACCACGGCAGAGUCGGCAGACGCAGGCUGGAGCAAGAACAUCGGUGGCGAGCUCCUCAUCACGGGCGAUACGGGCAUCGGCUACUCGUGCGCUCUCAGCGGCCAGUUCCUUGGCACCAAGGAUGAGUACAAGAAGGCCAUGAAGCUCUACAAUGACGCCUGCUCCGCCCGCGGCGUGACGGCCAGCUCUGUGUCGGCCAAGGAAUUCACCUCGUGGGCUGACGCCUUGACAGACAUCAUGGGCAAGCUGGACACAACUACCGUAGCCCCCGAAGCAUACUACGCCAAGUCCCUCGUUACUCCCUCGGACGUGCGCUACGACUCAACCUCCUUUGGCACGGUCAUGAGCGCAAUCCAAGAUGCAAAAGACUAUGGCACUUCGCUCUCCUAUGCCUUCCUGGGCCCGCACUCGGCCCCUAACCAGGUGCCGAUGAACGCCUCGUCUUACGUCCACCGCGACAGCCUCUACUUGAGCCAGUUGUACUCAUACAACUUUCCCAAGAACAAUGACAACGGCGGGCAGGACGCGACUUACGCCGCAUUCGACAAGAUCAUCGAUGCGGCCCAGGCAGUCAAGCCUGACGCUAAGUGGGCCGGUUACGUCAACUACGUUGACAACCAGCUGCUGGUUAAGAUCUUCGACUGGGGCCACUUCUACUAUGGCAGCGCAGUGGACAGGCUGCAAGAGAUCAAGAACAAGGUUGACCCCAACAUGGUAUUCGACUUCCCCAUGGGCAUCGCGCACGCGUAAGGCCCGAGAGAGCUGAGGAUGACGUUGAGCUGGCGUGGCUGAAGAAGCCCCCCUCGUGUGAUCCUCCUCUUCUCAGCUUCCUUUGUGCAUGAACACUUCGUCUUCUCAUCAGCAUCACAUCUUUGUUCCCAUACCCUAAUCAAUGUCUCAAUUUCAGCAUCAUCUCUCUAUUCACGUCUGACUAGUGACUGUUGCAUUGCAUUGUACCAUGGAGCGUACCAUCAAUCAUCACUUGGCCU